CACACUCCGACGCGUGGUGAGUGCAGGAAUCACAAACAUAGCGACACACAGAAGGGCAAGCGCGUGACGCCAGCAACCUAACACUGUUGUCUCAUUCUCUCUCUCUCUGUCUCUCUCUCACACACACACUCACGCCUCUCAGACGCACACGGCAGCGCGCAAGCCAGUGAACAGGACGGCGCUGGAUGUGUCAUUCAUAUAGGGAAUAGAUCCGAAGAAAAGGAUUAACUAUCUACAUCCCUCUCCCUCUGCGGACCUCAUCCUCUCUUCCCUCCUCUUGUGUCUCUAAGCCUCUCUUCACCUCAUUUGUUUUUCCACAAUCCCUCCUUUUUCACAAUUUAUUGGUGGGUUGAAGGGAUGCUGGGGGAAUUGUCUCCAUACAGAAAGGAGGAUUAUUCUUACAUUAUUCCUUUGACCGUGAUCUUGAAUACAUGGAUUUCUUUAACUGAAGGGGUAACAGGUUUUCUUUUUUGAGAUUUUUGAGAUUUUUUUAUUUAUUAAUUUUUAAUUUAAGGAUAUUUUUGCUGAGGAUGGCUCUUGGGAGAAAGCUAUAAGGCUGGUGCAGUCUGAGAUAUUUGGUCAAAAGGUGUUUUGGUGUAGCUUUUCGCAGUCACCGCCCUAGUGGAGGCUGCAGGCAUGGUGGCUUGACGCCCCCAUAGCCCCGCCCCUCUGACAGAGGAAGGCUGCAGAGCUCUGUGUCAUGCCCCCCCACACCCACCCCCCUGGGGGCAUCGGCCUGCCCUCACCCAGCUCUACCACCCACCACCUGGCCAGACCUGUCUUCCUCUGUGUCCUCUGCCUCGUGGCGACACUGCUGCCCGCAGCCUCCGCCUGCCCUCCUCCCUGUCUCUGCGACUCAGACAGCCUGGUGGUGGACUGCGGGGGCCGGGGUCUCUCCUCCCUCCCGCCCCUUCACCUCCUUCCUCCAUGGAGCCGCUCCCUCCUGCUAACCAACAACAAGUUUGCCUCGCUGGGAGCCUCUGCCUUCGCUAACCUCUCCUCUCUGGAGGAGCUGGACCUCUCUAAUAACUACCUGGAUAAUUUGCCAGCUGGAUUAUUCAGAGACAUGUCCAACCUGACAAGACUGACUCUGCACAACAACUCACUAACUGUAAUGGACAGAGACCUCUUCCAGGGUUUGGGGGGUCUUCAGAGUCUGGAUUUAUCCCUGAAUGGCCUGUCCUCUGUUCCUCUGGGGCUACUGGAUGAGCUGCAGAGCCUCAGGUGGCUGUCUCUAGCGGGUAACAGACUUCAUGGUUUGGAGAGGGCAGCGUUUGAGCCGCUUGCAAACCUACGACACCUGGAACUGGGACACAACCCCUGGGAAUGUGACUGCAACCUCCGCGAUUUUAAACACUGGAUGGAGUGGCUGCUGUACAGAGGGGGGAAGGUGGACGCGGUGGAGUGCACACUACCGAAGGAUCUGCGUGGGCGAGACAUCCGCGGCGUUCCGGUGGAAAUGUUCAACUACUGCCUCCAACUUGAAGAUGAGAAUGGGGGAGGAGGUGAGGGUUCCCGUUCUGGACAAGGAGGCGUUCCUCCCUGCAGCAGGAACGCUCUUAACCCCAGUGGGGCAACACCAAUUUCUGACAACAGCAACACUGGUCAUGACUCCUCUUCAAACAUGGGAGGUGGAGGAGGAGGAGGAGGUGGUGGAGGCGGAGAGGCAACUCCGGAUUGUGUCCGUGCCCGUUACCGACCCGUGAGCGUGCGCCGCGCCAUCGGCACAGUUGUGAUUGCCGGAGUGGUGUGCGGCAUCGUUUGCAUCAUGAUGGUUGCAGCCGCGUGUUACGGCUGCAUCUACGCCUCGCUGAUGGCCAAGUAUCAGAGAGAGCUUAAGAAGAGGCAGCCACUGAUGGGAGACGGAGACGGAGACGCAGACGGGGAGGAUAGGGAAGAGAAACAGAUCUCAUCUGUGGCCUAGAGGAGUGAAGGGAUGGGGGGGGGGUUGCCAUGUCAAAGGGUAAAGGUUGGAAGGGGUGAAAAUUAAAAAGGGCUCGAGGAGGAGAGAGAUGGAAGAGCUUGUUUUAUGCACACAGUCAGUUAUGGUAUCUCUCCCUCUGACUCUCAAACUGACACCUUUCUCCCACUUUGUCUUCCUUUCUUUGCCCUCUUUCUAUUUUUAACCUUCUUCCUCUGUCCCUCUCUCUAACACCUCACAUACAAAUACUUUAUCUGUUCCCUGAUUCUCUCUUCCAUUUGGAGCCAUUCUCACUGCAGUAUUUGAUACUAAUCAUCCCUCCAAAUCGCCCAUCAACCACCUACAGUACUGCAGGUUUUGGCUGCUGCUGAAUUCACGAUUAAAUUAGCUGAGAGAAAAAUGAUUUGGUACUCUCUGCAGUAUGAAACAUAUCAUAAGCUGUUACAAGACACUUGUGGUGUACGUUGGUCAUUAUUAGUAAAACUGGAUCAAAUUUUCAGGGAUUUACAGUAUGUAUGGUGUCGAUUGGACCAAUAUUCACAGUUGUAGUAUUAGGAAGUGCACAGCUCUAGUGUGGUUUGCAUCUUUCUCCUCCUCAUCCUCUCCAAUGCAAGUAGUUCCUCCAAAAACCAGGACCCCACCCAGAUCCCUUCACCCUCAUCUGGCCUAAUGCUCCUCUGAUGUUCCCUUGGACCUCCAAGUCCCAAAGAAACAACCAGGGUUGGAAAGCUUGGGGUAAUUAGGGAAGCAUAAUGGAUAAACACAACGAGAUGUCAUUUAUGUAGUCAACACACCUCUCUAGCACUUUGUGUUGCAGAGAGAAUACUGGGGAUACAUACAGAUUAUAUGUUAAUAGAGUCUCGUGUCUCCUGAGACUUGUUAUGGAUGUUUAAUACGGAACAGGAAACCAUUUGGAUUGACAAAAUGAUCAUUCAUGGAAGGCUAGACCUUUCAAAUACAAGAGGUCAGAAACAACAGUUAGAUAUUCUACCUUAUUAGGACCAGAUCUGUUUCUCUCUGGAUCUUCUCUGGACCAAUAACAUCCUCCAGGUGUCACAGACUGGAGCUGUGUAUACGAUUCAAUCAUUUCAAAGUGGAACAAACCAUUUUAACUGGAAUUUGCUUGGAAUACUUGCUUACUUGAUGCUUGUUAAAUUAUUAUGAUCAGUAUCUGAACAGAUGAAAAGCCUCUUACUGUAUCAUGGCGGACAAACUAUUUUUCUGGUAUACCUUGGACUAUGCUUCUAGGCUGGUUCAGAAAAGUAUUCACAAUGCUUUUAAUGAAGUUAUUGGGAAUUAAAGGACAACCGACUUUGCUUUACAAGAAUUAUCCUUUUGCUCAGAGCUCAUUUUCAGACUGAUUUCACCCCUCAGAGGUGAAUGUUUGCUACUAUGGCAUGAAAGCACUAUCUCAGAGAACCCUGUCUUCUGGCAAGGACUACAAAACGUCAUCUAAGGACUACUAUAUUCAGACUCCUGCACUUUAUUUCCCUAAUCAGAUUCCCUUUGUCCUCCCUCUCGUUCCUCCCUUCCCCCUCUUUCUUUCUAAAAUGGACGAUUUGCCCAGAGGCAUUAUAACGAACAAGGGAUUAAAAAAAAAAAGACGCUAUUUCACCCCCUCCUCCCCAUCCUUUUAUCUCUCCAUCCAUCUUUCCAUCCAGUUCUAUUUAUGGAAAGUAUUUCACACUUCCUUAAAGACUUCCACCUCCUUUCGUUCCUUUCGUCCCUUCUCCCAUAUUGUUGUCAUAAUGUUUUUCCUCAAAGGUCAGCAAUAUGCAAUGGAAGUUGUCUCACCAUAACAUUAACAUUCUGUCACCGCUAAAGAGUCCUUCUGUUAUAAACUUAGUAAUCAUCGCUUAUUCAAGAGGAAUCUGUUUGAUUGGCACGGUUUCUCAGUGCAUUCACAAAAAGGGUUAGUUUGUUUGCUUUACUUGGCGUUUUCAUAAAUAUCCUUAUUCACACCCUGAAAUAUUUACGUACAUUUUAUGGUUAGCAGAGUAGGACAUUUGUGUCUUCAGUAAAAUUAUCUCAAAAAGCUUUCAUUGCAUAUUGCUCCCCUACAGUAGAACUAUUGUUCCCCCUCGAUUUUUAAUUGGCUGGAUAUAAACCUAUAUUAAAUAGUGUGUUAUCUUAUACCUGGGUUAUGAUGCUGAUAAAUAUUAUUAUAUUAGUCUCUAAUAUGGUGUGUUGGCCCAGCGAUCCCCCCCAAAUGUUUUCUGACGUAACUGUUCAUAACUGUUCAUGGUUUUCUGUAUCAAUCCAUGAUGUAUGUCUUUUGUUGUGUAAAUUACUUUUAUGUUUUUGGUUUUAAUAUCUCUGUAAUGUUUGUUUAUUUGUCGUGUUCAUUUAUUUGAGUUCAGUAGUUGGUAAAGUUUCUGCAAGAGGCAUAGAAAGAGUUUGGCCAUUGAGAGUGAAGUAUCCAUACCGCUGCCUCGUCUCUGAAAUGUAUCAGGGUGAAGUCAUUUAGCAUACAGUCACGUAGGCCACAGGUAAUCUUAUGGUUUUAAUAUGACUUUUUUCAUGUAGUGCUAUAUGACCAACUUUGUCUCAGACAAAUAACUUUUCAUUAUGCAACUUAUUUUAAAUAACAAACAGGAUUAGUAAUUGUGGAGAAACAUGCUGGCAGAUUUACCAGAUGUUCGGUUCCAACACUUGUUAAUUGGUUAUUUUUAUAAUAUCCAAACAUCUAUUGUUAGGUUGUUAAGAUGUAUCAACUAAACAAAGUGGAAAAUUGUUAUGGUCCUUGUUAUAUUAUUAAAAUGUUAAGACUAAUGCCUUGUAUGAGAUAGGACAUCAGAUCAGAAAAACACACUCUUAUCCAGCACCCUGACCUCCCCACCCCCUUACAUUUUGCUGAAUAUAACACCAUUUCUUGCAUCAGCAAUGAGAACCUAGAAUAGUCGCAUAUAAAAAAUAUUUGUUGGAGACUGAGCUGGUCUUAAGUCAAAAUGCACGAAAACCUAGAGAAUUAUUUGAUCCUGCAUUGCAAAUUAAGUCUGAACACACUUUAGCAACAAUGGACACCUUGAUGAUGUAAAAAGACUGAUAAUUGGCAUAUUCAGGAAAAUGUAGUGAAAUGAUAUUUUAAAAGGGAUUUAAAUGACAAGUGUAAAUAUAGCCAUGAAUUUAACAGGGACUCUGGGGCAGUAACUGAAAAAUAAAGCAAUGGCUAAACUCGGUCUAUGAAUCUAGAAACGUUGUCCUCUCACCUCCUGGUCUGCAGGUCUUGUGUUGUUGGUAGCUAAGUAUCUUAGCUAGCUGAAACCUGUUCCUAUAGCCUGUGUGUGUAAAGAAUAAUAAAUUAUAGUUUGUUACGUAAAACUGCAGCAGCCAUGAUGACUGAGGGCUUCAAAGACUAAACUGCCCGGAAAUGUAUGGCGUGUUGUGUUCUUAUGACGAUUGUGAUUAUGACAAUGAUGAUGAAGCAUUUCCUGGUCAAUAUGCAUUGAUUUAAAUAAAAACAUAUCACACUUAUGUCAAAUUUA